AAUUUGUCUGCAAAGCUGUGUUCCCUUUGCCUAUCUAAUUUAACAAUACAAAAUCUUCAGACUUUUUCUUUAAAGUUAAAUUAAUUCCUUGUAAAUAGGUACCUACAUACUUAAAUCUCAGAUAAUAAAAUUAAUUCGUCAUGAAUAAAUCUCUAAUUAUGACUUCAUGUUCGAAAUUAAAGAUGCUAAGAAGUACACCAGUAUUAUGUCGAACUUUGACGAACAAGAUUGAAGAUAUUUCUACUCAUACAGGCCAGAAAUGGGAUUCUGAUGACUACAGGCUGGUAAGAUUUACUAAUGCGCCAAAACAAGUAAAUCCGAAUUGGGCCGUAAAUUUAAUUGCGGAAAUACCUCCUAAAGAAGUAACUGAAAGAGUUGUUUGGUGUGAUGGAGGUAGUGGCCCAGAGGGUCAUCCACGAGUGUAUAUUAAUUUAGAUAAACCAGGUGACCAUUCAUGUGGAUACUGUGGAUUAAGAUUCAUAAAAAAAACUGGUCAUUAAAGUUUGAACUGUCCAAGUCAUCUUUUAAAUGUUUUACCUGGAUAAUUUGUAGUUAUGAGUAAAUUAAAGAUUGUUUUAUGUUA